ACGUGCAUUCAAAAUAAAAGCUCGUCUGAAUUUGAAUUUUAAAACAUCGGCAUUUUAAACCACUAUGACAAAAAGAUGAAUUUGAAAUGCUACUGCUAUUUGUUAUUUUAAAUAAUUUGUUUGCAUUUGGCAUAAAUGUUUUUGCUGCCUUGUUUGAGUUUAGUUCGUUGUUGAAUUAGUCGCAAAUGUAAAAAUAACUUCCGGUUAUUCUGAACUACGAGCAGUUUGAUACUCGCUUGACGUCGCUCCGGGUUGAGGGGUGUGUUCGUAGCAGAUUUAAAUCCCUCUGACAUGCGCAGAUGCUUAUCCGUGCUGUUGGGUGCGCCAUAUUUGCUGACUUACAUGGGGAGUGGAGUUGGACAAGCUGCCGUAAAAUUCUAACCAGUCUCCGGACAUGAAGUGCUUCGAGGAUAACGAGUAAAUCGACGGGGUAGGAUUUAUUUGUUAUCUCGGUUGCGGGGUUUUUAAAUUGCCAAAUCGCUUGCCAAUUCUCCCGUGAAGAGGCUCUCUCUGAACUCGAGUCCAAUGGAUCCCAGGACCGCUUGGAUUCAGCCAGAGCAGAAGGGACCUGCCAAUUCCCUGUGGAUGCACAUUUGGGAAACGUCUCAGGGAUUUGGAGCAAACUCCCACAUCGACAACCACCUUCACCUCCAACGCAACUUCGCUGUGCAUAAUUCAAAUUCCGCGGACUCACACGGCGAGUAUUACAAGAAUGUAACGCCGCCGCCUCCGGCGGUCGUAUUUGAGAAAUUAGCGAAGCGAGGCGGCGGCGGAGACAGGGGAAGUGUCCGGAGAAAGGGCUCGCUGUCGCCGUCCUCCUCCUCCCUGGACUCGGAGGCCGAGAGCUCGUCGCCCUCCGGCUCCUCUCUGCAGAUCGACAAUUUGAACGUCGCAGAGGAGGCCAGCCGUUUUUUACACUACAGCGAGCACGAGUUGAACGGGAACAAUUUGAGGCGGCAGUACCCCCCUCCACCUUUUCACGGCGUUCAGCAACACUGUCGCAGCAUGCAACAGUCCAGCGGCCACACCCCCACCGGCAUGAAGAGUCAGCAUGGGAACAAGCACCACCACCUUCAGCCCCACUCCUCCGGCCGCAGGAGGCAUUUAAACCGAGCCAACACUUUCCACGGCAUCAACCCGCUCCUCUCCUUCAAUGGCCACUACGGCGACUCUUCUAGUAGCCUGUGGAAAACCAGGCGCUACAGCCCAGGCAUUAAUGGUCUGCAUGAAGAAAUUGUCGACUUUUUCAACUUCAUGUCACCACGGCCAGAAGAGGAGGCCAUGAGGAGGGAUGUCGUAAACAGGAUAGAAAGCGUCAUUAAGGACUUGUGGCCCACAGCAAGGGUGGAGAUAUUUGGCAGCUUCAGCACGGGACUUUAUCUUCCAACAAGUGACAUUGACCUGGUGGUUUUUGGAAAGUGGGACCACCCGCCACUGCAGGAAUUGGAACAAGCCCUAAAAAAACGCAAUGUAGCCGGAACGUAUCCCAUCAAGGUCCUUGACAAAGCUACAGUGCCAAUCAUCAAGCUCACUGACCAUGAAACGGAGGUGAAAGUAGACAUCAGCUUCAAUGUGGAAACUGCUGUGAAAGCAGCCCAGUUCAUCAAAAGCUACCUGAAGAAAUACACUGUUCUCCCACCGCUGAUCUUCGUCCUGAAGCAGUUCCUGCUGCAGAGGGAUUUGAAUGAAGUUUUUACAGGAGGCAUCAGCUCUUACAGCCUUAUACUGAUGGCAAUAAGCUUCCUGCAGUUACAUCCACGGAUCGACACGCGGCGUUCAAACAUCAACCUGGGCAUCCUGCUGAUCGAGUUCUUUGAACUCUAUGGUCACGAUUUCAACUACAUGAAGACUGGCAUUCGGGUCAAGAAUGGAGGAGCCUACAUGUCCAAGGAGGAGAUGCUCAAAGCCAUGGGCAGCGGUAACAGGACGUCAAUGCUCUGCAUCGAAGAUCCGAUACAGCCGGGAAAUGACGUUGGCAGGAGUUCCUACGGCGUCCUUCAGGUCAAGCAGGUGUUUGACUUUGCCUACAUGGUGCUGAGUCAUGGAGUGUCUUCUCUUGCACGUGCUUACCCCAACAAAGACUAUGACAGCACAUUAGGACGUAUCAUCAAGGUCAGCCCAGAGGUGCUGGCCUACAGGGACUGGACAAUCAAGAAGUGGGGAGCUAAGCAGUAUGCCAAGCACCAAGAGAAUCAAGUCUCUUCUCUCUCAGAUAUAGAGACCUGUGAGCAGGACCUGGCCAGGCUAAUGCUGGUCUCAGUGGAGGACCAGAGGGACAGCUCCUCCCCCCUCAGUGCUGACUCUCCCUCACCACCUCCAGUCUUCCUCCCUAGUCCCCAACACCACUCAUCUUCAUCAUCGGCAUGCUCCCUCUCAUCGUCUUCCGGAAGCGACAUAGAAUCUGACUCACCUCCAAACAGUAAUGCGACCAUCCAACUCCAUCCCCUGACCCUGGCCUCGGUCCAUCCAAUGAUCCAGAUGGCGACUGACCUGAGGGCCACGCACGCCGGUUUUAUCCACGCAAUGUCACAAGUCCAGAUGUCCCUCCCAGAGAAUCUGACCAUCCCCUCCCUCUCUGAAUGCCAGUUCUACCACGAGAAUCCACCAUCCAUCAGCGUCGUUCACCGUCACACAUCACAAGCAGCACCGAUCUCCCAGCACGGCAACUCCACCAACCCUCUCCCCAGCCCCAUCCACCGACUCCACCCUACACUGCCUGGAGGGCAGCAGAGCCACACUUACGUCAUGAGAUCCAACUCUCAAGGAUCCAUCGAGCCUCAUAAGUUAAGCUUCAAGCACAACCAAGGGAGCGUCCUCCAGAACCAAAACCCCUCCCAAGGAAACUUCAGUCAGCAACGGUUUGUCCCCCAGGGAACCAGUCCCACGGUGGGCUUCAGGAACCAGCAGCAGUACAACAGGAACACCUGGCGUCGCCGGAAGAGGGACGACCCCACGGCUCUCAACCAAAGCAGAUGAACAUCGGGCGGGGGUUCAGGAGCUGAAGACCCCGACUCAUCAAGAACUAUGGAGAUGACGAGCCACGGACGAUGCUGUUCCUUCUAUGGGCGACUCUAAUUUAUUACAUCAUACUUGAAUUCCCAAGGGUGAAGCAAGAUGUCUCCCAAUACUUGGAAAUACACAACUUGGCUGAGGAUACAGCAGGGCUCCUGUCAUUGAAGGGGGAAGGUCAAAUUGCAGAACAGGUUCUCACACAGGCCUGGUUUGCAGUCAGACUUCCUCUGAGUUUUUACGUACACCAGCACAGACUUGGAGUCAAACGAGGAACGACUGAUUCUCCAGAUCCUUGCAACUUGAACAUCUGCAGAUCUCCCUGUGCCAUAGAAGUAAACUGGUUGUUUUUUUUUUUUUUGUUUGUUUGUUUUGUUUUCUUUGCAUCUUAUUUGGUUUCUCCAGCGAUUCCGUGGGGUCUUCUGAAUGCAUCUGCCCGUUUGGGGUCAGCCUUGAGAUAGGGAGCUGCCACAGCUUUGGCCACCGUCUGUGAACUGGACUGUGGGACGGAAGCAAAGCAAAGCACCUUUCUAACCUAUGCAGCACAAAGCUGACUUGUUGUUUAUUUCAGUGUUUCGGCACAAAGCGGACCUUGUCUCAAGUGCUUCAACUGUGAUGACUUUUUUGAAUGUACUAAGUGUUUCUUUUUUGUGUGUGUGUGUGUGUGUGUCUGUCAUUACUAUGUGUUCUCUUGUUUUCGUCACUGAGGGAAGUUUGUUCACGUUGGCACUAUGUUUUUGUACUGUAAACAUUGCCACCUUAUUUUUUUUUUUAAGUUUGUUGCUUUGAUGUGUAUUACUGACUUGUUUUUAUUUAAUUUAUUUCACUUUUAUUUUUAAUUUUGUACGUGUUUUUUGAUUCUAGACUACAUUUAUCUGUGCAAUAGAUGGAGUUAAGGGCCUUGAAGGAGAGCGAGUGAGCAUGAGUGUCUGAGCGUUUGUUUCUACAGCUUUCCAGCAGUAGGGGGAGCUGUGCACCUGCAUUCGAAAUGUGCCAAAAAUUCCAUGAUGCCAACAAUUUUUCAUUUUAAGUUACCAUCGCAUUAUGACUUGAACUCUGGCCAACUGCCUGUCUAAAUGUUUUCCCACUGUCGGUUCAUCACCCUUCUCCCUUCUCCGUAGUUUUUGACUAAUUUGGUGCAUUUCCUCCCCGAUAGACCGUAGACUGUGCUGGGGAAAACACACUUUCAGCAGUAUUCUGUUCUUAGUUUCACAAACAGUCGGUGCUACUUCUUUACCAGCAAGAUGCUUGUUUUUUCUGCCUUAUAUCUCCUCAGAUUCUGUUAAAGUGACAGGUUAACUGCCUUUUGUAGAAGACCAAAUUUGUCCUCCGCCCUGGCUGUAGUUGAAGCCCUGAGUUUCUGUAUGCACCGUCAGGGUCACUUGGCUUUUUAUUUUCUAAGUGAAGCUUCUCUUUGUAUGCUCCAGAGAGCAAACUGCAGUAACUUGUGUUAGCAUUGGUGGCAUUUCACCUUGUUUUUUUGUUUGUCCCCUCCCUCCCCCCACCUUUUUUUUUUAUUUUGCACUUGUCAUUUAUAGAGGCCAUACAUUUCCAGGAGGCUUAGCCUCCAUAUUUAAAGUCUUAAACAAGGUUUGGAAUCCUGUAACUUAUACAACAGUCCAUACGAGAAUUAGAGCUCGAUGUCACAGAUGUAUUCACUGUUCUAUGAUUUUAGUUGAGAGCCAAUAACUUAAAGUGUCGUGGUCACGAACUUCACAGGCCUGUACUGUAAUACCUUGAACUCGACGUGAUGAUGUUAACAUUGUCUCGUUUUAUUACAGCUUUACAGCAGCCAGACUAAAGCACCCCGAACAGAUCGUUACAUCGUCUUUGCCACAAUUCAAAUCUCCGGCUCAUAUCUGUGUCAUUAAGAAUGGAUCGUCAUUUGUAAAUGAUUGACGUAUAUAGAUGUAUACCUUGAUUUUUAUGUAAGUUUUUCUAUUUUUUUAAAUAAACAUUUUAAAACUCCA